AUGGAAAAGGGUAUGAGCCGCCAGCAUACCCAGAUCAAGAGGAAGCAAAGCCGCCAACCAAGAAGAAACCAAUGGAGUAUGUCAUCAUUGGAGAUGGGACUGAACCACCUAAAGGAAGUCCAUGUCAGAAUAGAACCAGGAACUCAGGAGGAAGUGGAGAAGCCACCUGAAGAACCAAGAGUGUAUGAGCCAAAGAUCCCAUACAGAAAUGUUCUUUCUCAACCCAAGAAGGAGAAGGAGCAAGCAAAGCUCAAGGAUCUUGUUAGCCAACUUUCAGUAAGGUUACCUUUCAUUGAUGCUUGCCAAAUAAUUCCAUCUCUCAGGAAGUAUAUGAAGGCCAUACUCACAAGCAAUGUGAGUCUUGAAGAAGGAGCAAUGAUGAUUACAAAGGAGUGUAGUGCCAUACUUCAGAAUCGCAUGCCAGAGAAGCUGAACGACCCAGGAGUUUUGUUUUGUCUUGCAAGAUCGGUUCUACACACUUCCAUAGAGCACUUUGUGAUUUGGGUUCUAGUGUGA